AUUACUGAUUGCAUGCCUUCAGCCACAAUACCGUAAUUGUCUCUAAAACUUCACUGUAAACAUGCCUCAUUUUACAAGUAUCUUUGAUGGAAUCGAUACCUUGCAAUUAAUGAUAUUAAUCAUGACAACUUAGGAAUUUGAUUAUUUCUACGCUGGAUUGGCAACAAGAUGACGGCAGUCGAGGAGUGGAGGAAUAUAACGCAUAUUCCUUACGAAUCCUUGGUCAAGACCUAUUUUGUUGUGGAGUGUAGUAUCAUCGGUCCGAUCAUCGUUGGAAACCUCCUAAUCAUCAUUAGUCUGCUGAGGUUUCAUCGUCUCCGUAAACGAAUUUAUAUUUUGGUUGGAAACCUUGCCGUAUCGGAUCUUCUUAUCGGUCUUGUCCUUAUUCCUUAUGACCUUGUCUUUCUAUCUAACCCAGAACUUGCUCGACAAAAGUAUUUCUGCUUGAUCCGCCACUCCCUGUCCGAUAUGCUUCUCGGAGCAUCCGUUAUGAACCUCUUUGCAAUAUCAUUGGAGCGAUACAUCGCUGUAGUCCAUCCUUUACAUCACGCUGCGAUAUGUACUUGGAAAUCCUUAUCGACAGUAAUUGUGAUGUGCUGGUUGUUGUCAAUAUUACUUGCCUCGCUUCCACUUCUCGGUUGGAACCAAUGGGAAGAGAAUGUGCCUUGUGAUAUAUUGUGGAUUUGGCCAAAGGCUUUCAAGAGCAUCAUGUUCAUCUAUUUCACGUCAUCUAUAGUGGUAAACUUUUUUAUGUACAUUAAGGUCGUGAAAACAGCAUGGAGACAGUUUAAAAUUUGUGACAAGCCUAUCCAGCGUCACGGCGACCGCCAUAGGAUUACCAGCAAGUCAUACAGAAAGACCAAAAUUAUGAUUCUUCUACUGGGAGCCUUUGCCAUCUGCUGGGGUCCGUAUCUAAUCGUUGUGAUAUUUGACACACUAUUUCUUGAGAACAACACAACAAUGAUGACCAUCAGAAAAUUUCUAUCUGUAAUGGGACUGGUCAACUCGGGGCUGAACUGGGUUAUAUUCGGACUGAAAAAUGCGAUGUUCCGGAAAGCGUUUACUUACUUGCUGCGGUGUGGAGUGGGUGUUAGUGAGGAGAGUUUGGCUGUCUCAAGCUCAAUCACACCAGUUUAAUAUACUGUAGAGUGAUAUUAUGAUUUGGUUACUGCAUAAAGAUAAUACGUGUAUAGCUGUCUUGGUGGAAACAUGAAGACGAAUUUUGCACUUGCCGUCCAAUAUAUCUGUACAUUGUUAGGGUUUUGGUACUCCGUCCAAUAUGUCAGUACAUUUUGAUAAGGGUUUUAGUAUUUUGUCCAAUGUAUAGGUCUGUACAUUGUAAGGUUUUGUG